GGUCAGCAGAUCUGAGAUAUAUAAAUAUAAUUUACUCCAACACUACUCUUAUUCUCAUGCAGGACUUGUGCUACUACGGCCUAUCCCUGCUGGUACAUGUGUGUUCAGGAGGAGUUGCAGGUCGGCGGUUAGCAGAUAAAGAGUUGUCGGGAGCUCAUCUCGUAGCACAUGCUAACCCCGGGGGAAGAUGAGAGUGUCUUCACCACAGCACAGGUGGACCUCGCUCAGAGAAAGUAACAAACCAUGAUCACCACUGAGGCUUCAAAAGAGUUUCAAGCCAAGGAGCGUAAAUACAAGGAGCAGCUGAAGAGAUGUUUGUCGUCUGCUCUGGCUGCAGACUUUCACAGGUUGCUGCAGGAGGAGCUGGAAGCCGACGUUUCCCUCUAUGCAGGCUCAGGUUCACUGCGAGCACACAGGGCGAUCCUGCUGGCCAGGGCCCCGCACAUCCUGACAGGACAGAUGCACAAAGAUCCCAUCAUCAUCCACAUCCCUGGCUAUGAGCUGCCUGUGCUGAGAGACUUCCUGAGGCAAGUCUACACGGCAGACCAGAGCAUGUGUGCGGCAGAAAAAAUGUCUGAUUCAGAGGGCUCUUUGCCAGACAGUACCACUCCGGACCCUGCAGAUUUCCACACUUCUUCAGACUCAGGUGCUGCAGUUCCAGAGCCGGCCUCUGGCCUCGGUGCUGACCUACUGGACCUGUAUCAAAGAGGAGAGCAGUGUGACAUCACCAUUCAAGUAGCGGAGCAGGUUUUCUCCUGCCACAGGGCAAUCCUGUGUGCACGGUCCCAGUACUUCCGAGCGAUGCUCAGUGGAAGUUGGAUGGAGAGCUCAAGACAAUGCAUCACAUUACAAGGCUUGGGGCCGGAGGAGAUGGAAAUCCUGCUCCAGUUCAUGUAUGGAGGCAUCAUAGAUCUGCCCAGAGGAGCCAGCGCCAGUCAGGUGGUGCUGGCUGCAGACAUGCUGGGCUUGGAGGGGCUCAAAGAUGUGGUGGAGAUGGUUCUCACGCGAGAUUACUGCCGCUUUUUCCCCAAGCCGGUGGACGGGGUUCAGAGGACGGUUCUGGAGUGCCUGUCGCUGACGCACGUCUUGGGUCUGCAAAACCUCCACAUGCUGUGUAAGAGGUGGGUUGCUGAACAUUAUGUGAAAGCCUGGUGUGAGAGGAACUUCUCCCUGUUGUCUCCGGAGCUCCACAGAGCCUGUCUCUCAGCUGUGACUGAAACAAUGACGGUGCAGAACGCCGUGACUGUGCUCUGUGGCUCCGAGCAGCUGAUGGGGAGUCUCCCCGAGGUCAAGUGGGCCCAGCAGGUCCGGAGUCUGGCCACGGAGCUCCAGAACCAGAGCCUGCACGUCAUCGUCCAACACCUGCCGAGGGUCAUCCACACGCAGGCCUUCCACGACCUGCGCAUGAGGGAGGAGUUCACCAGAGAGCCCGCGUUGCUGAAGAAGCUGUGUUCAGCCAUCAGGGAGGGCGUUAACGUGGACAACUGCUGCGAUCUUUUCACUGCCGUCAACUGUCUGAGCGGAGAGGAUUUUACAGAGGAGCAGCAAACGCAAGAGGAGCCGUUCAGGCAGGAGGUUUGUGCGCUGCGCAGGCGGCUCUGGACCUUCCUGCUGCAGACCUUCUACGCCGUCCGGCACACGCAGGGAUGGGAGUCGCUGUCGUCCAAGCACAGGGAGAGGAUACUAGCAGAUGCUAUUGAUACAGGGGACAAUCGAAGACUUGGUAAAAAGCCCGUAUUCAGUAGCUCACAGGCGAAGGCCGUAAGAUGCCCCGCACCCGCACCUGAGAGUCCUCUCGUGCCCCGGACCCAGAGGGCCUCUCAAAGCAGAAGUUCUGCCUCCCGUAGCGCUGCAGCAGUCAUGAAGUCGGAUGGGCCGAGUGCAGCUAACAAACCAGGGGACGGCCACGCGUCCAAGGCUAAGAACGUGAAGAAACCAGGAGACAAGAGCGCAGCGGCCAAAGCCCGACCGCUGUCGGCGAGCGCGCCGGUCGUCAACGGCACGGGGACUGCAGCGGUCAAACGGGAUGCGGCCAAAAGCCCUCACGUGGCCAAAGAGCAGGAAAAGAAGCCCAAUCUGGGUGCUAGGCCCAAGACCUCUCCCCCGAGCUGCACGUCCACGAGCCAGGCAGCAGCGGGGAGGCCGCAGAAGAGCUCGGGGAAGGCCGAUCACUCCCUUGGCACCGCUCAACCUCCGCCUGGCACCACUUCCACGUCAGGCAGCGUCUCGCCAGAGAAUGGGGCCAGCAGUCCUCACAACGACACCCACUCCAUCGCAGGGACGAAGCCCAAGCACCAGGUCAAAGCCGUGAACAAGUCCCAGCUCACCAAACCUCCUCAGAGGUCGGGGACGACCAAGACCAGCAGUCCCACCAAUAAAUCCGGGCUCAGAGAUCCCGGCAAGGCCCGGCCCGGCGCAGCGGAGAAGCCUCCAGCAAGAGCAGACGCCAAGGCCAGAGGCGCGUCGGAGCUACCGGUCUCCAAACUGGGAACCUGCGUGAAGAAGCCGGCGUCUCCCAGGAAAGAAGAGGGCAAAGCUGCGCUGAAGUCCUCGGGGGCUGACAGGGUCGACGCCUCCAGGAAGAUCCCCAAACCCACGUCUGCACACGAAGCCGGGCCUAAACCCGCUGCUAAAACAACCAAAGUCUCGGCGGCGCCGGCCCGGCCGGCCUCGGGGGGAGCUGCCAGGUCCGGACCCAAAGGGAAAGCUGCUGAAAGCUCCGCUAAACCCCCCAAAGCCCUCGCCGCUGCCGCAUCCAGAACUCCAGACGUGAGAGGGAGGAAGUCGGGCUGUGACGGUGAGUCCGGCCCGUCUGAACCAGGUGCUCCAGUUCUGGAGCAGGAAGAUGCUGCAGAGCUAACCGGACCGACGGAUCCGGGCAGAGAGCCGAGCCCAGCACAGGCUCCGACUGAGACGCACGGCGUUGCAGCCGCAGACAAGACCCGGCUCAGGAGAACCUCUAACAACAUCCCCGCUGUUAAGUUUGCAGAGGCGGAUUCUUGUAAACCGGCGGGGAGUAAAGCGAAGCCGCCUCAGAGCGGCGUCCGGGCCGAUGAGGUCGGCGCUGACCCGGCGGCGGACACGCCCUGCAGCGCGAGCAGCACCGGCACGCCGGGGGAGGACACCUGGAGCCUCCACCACCACGUCAGCCCCGAGUCGGAGACGGCCAGCACACACACCACCUCCUCGGACGACAUCAAGCCGCGCUCGGAGGACUACGACGCGGGCGGCUCGCAGGACGACGACUGCUCCAACGACCGCGGCGUGUCCAAGUGCGGCACCAUGCGCUGCCACGACUUCCUGGGCCGCAGCAGCAGCGACACCAGCACCCCGGAGGAGCUGAAGGUGUGCGAGGGCGGGGCGGGGCUGCGGGUGGAGGUGCGGCUGCGGGGCAGGGAGGCCGAGACCACCAGUGAGGAGGAGGGGCUGAGGCAGCGCCCGCGCUCCUGGCUGCACAAGUCCGAGCUAGAAACGGACGCUACCGCGCCGGUGAGGGGCGUCCCCGACCCCCAGCUCUUCUCCUCUGAGGAGGACGAGGAAGACGAGGAGGAGGAGGAGGAGACGGAGGACGAGCGCUCGGAGGUGGAGGUGAUCCCCGGGCAGACCCCGGUGCCCCCCACGGAGCCCUCGCCCCUCUUCCAGGGGAUCAUCAACCUGGCGUUUGACGACGAGGGCGUGGAGCAGGACAACGAGCAGCAGCCCGACUACACGGCCGCCGGCUUCCGCCGCUCCGUGCUGCUCUCCGUGGACGAGUGCGAGGAGCUGGGCUCGGAGGAGGGGGGCGCCCAGACCCCGCCCCAGCGGCCGGGCGGGGCCUCCACCCCCUGUGACGUGUUUGAAUCGGACGCCGCCACGCCUCAGUUCAGCAGCCCCGCUCCCCCAGAGCAGCAGGACGAGGAGAACUCAGGGGAACAGUGCGGUCCCCCCGUCCUGGAGGAGGUGGAGCCCCGAGAUCUCCCUCCCCAGGAGCGGCCCAGCCACCUGGACCUGCGGCCCGCCCAGGAGUACAACGGGGGGCCCAGCAAACCCCCCCACGGUCCGUCUGGAAGCAAGAAAGUAGAGUUACACCUGGACUUGAGUGAGUGUCAGCGGGCGGGAGGCUCCGCUCACGCUCCCCAGCCUCCAGCAGGGGACAAUGGUUGUGACAGAUUGGAUCAAAGCUGCAAACAUGAUCGCCGACCGUCCAAGGUCCUCUCCCCCAUUUACGAGCUGGAUGUGGGGGAAGCCUUGGAGCGCUGCUCGGAUAAGGUCAGGAAGGUUGCGCGGCAGGGGGACGACGGAGAGCGGGAGGGCGGCGGGGACAAGAGCAGUGCGUUUGCAGAGCGAGACUGGCGCCUCCUCAGGCAGCUCCUCUCGGACCACCAGUCCAGCCUGGGCGUCAUCAACCCCGUGCCCGAGGAGCUCAACCUGGCCCAGUACCUCAUCAAGCAGACGCUGUCCCUGUCGCACGACUGCCUGGACUCGCAGGCCUUCCUGUCCCCGGAGAAAGAGACCUUCAAGCGCUGGGCGGAGCUGAUCUCGCCCAUGGAUGAGUCCUCCACCAGCAUCACUGUCACCAGCUUCUCCCCGGAAGACGCUGCUUCGCCGCAGGGGGAGUGGACCAUAGUGGAGCUGGAAACGCACCACUGAGUCUGCUGUGGGAACUAAGAAUGCCGUUGCAUUGACUGUGUCUUAAUUUAUUAUAAUUUAUAAUCUGGUUUUUGUCUGUUUGGUUAUGACGCUUCUGCCUGGACGGAGCGGCGCUGUGGACUCUGCAGCCGUUUGUCCUUCAACAGGCCCCAAGUGGACACAGUCCCUGCUCAGAUGGGCCGUCAUGCAUGCUGAUAUUUUUGUACAGUAGAAUGUUAAAUAGUUGUUUCUUUGAAUGCUAUGGAGAAGAUUAAGACUCAGAAAACACUAUUUCCCUCUUAAAAAGUUUGAUUUCUUCGUAUUCUUGUAAUAUGGUUUACUCAAUUUUCUUAAAGAAAAAUGAUAUUGGCCGUAAUAUUGGAAAUAAAGGUUUGUGUUUCUGGAAAAUAUGCGUUAGUCACUGCGUUGUCAUUGUGAGAUCACUUGUACAGAGAGUAGAGACAUAUUGUAUGUUGAUUUUAGUGUCAGAUUUGUUACUUUUUUCUAUUACUUUUCUGUGUUUAAAAAAAGAAAUGUUUUACAGAACUCAAGAGGCAAACUGUUUAACAUAAAAAUCACUGCUGCAAAAACUAG